AUGAGCUUUUUUAGUAAAUUCAAAGGCGGUGACGAUGGCAGCAAUAACAACAAUAGCAAUAGCAGCAAUAGUAAACCAGAUACUUCCACUUCCUCCCCUUCAUGGUUCUCCUCCAUUUCCAACAAAUUGAGUGGCGAUAGCAGUGCUACUCAGCCCACCUCUUCCAAACCCACUAAAAAUUCCUCUAAACAAGAUAAGCGCAGACAGGGCUGGAGACAAUCGAACCGAGAUUUGUGGGCAGAUGAAGAGGAUGAAAUUGAGGACACUAAUCUUAAGAAAUACUACCAAUACAAGAAAGACCGCGCUAAGGAGCGUGAUGCUAAUGAAAACAGCAUCUUCACUCAAGUCCAGCGUGCUUUUAAUGAACGAGGAGAGGUACUUACGCAGGUCGAGGAACAGUUCCACGGGCUCGCUUCAAACGCUUCUAAAAUGGCUGGCGAGGCUCAAAAUACAGCUGCUAAAGAAUCUGCAAAGAAGACUCUCGGAUCUUGGUUUUAG